AAAGCAGGCAAACAAACUGACAACAGCACAACAAUCCACGUGUAUAUCACUGGCAGUGCUAUUACUGUCAACACAUUCAACUCCCAAGAUUUGUGAACAACUGAUCAGUUAAUGCACUUUGGAUGUUUGUUAUGCUCCUCUGAAUUAAUCAAGAUGAAGCCCAUUAUGCAGAUAGCAGUGGUGUUGGUGGCGGUGGGGGUAGGGGUGGCCAGUGCAGCACCUUUCUCGUUCCCAGUUGUGGACUCUCCUCAGACUAGACUUUUCCAGUCCCUUUCUCCUACUGAGCGGACUGCAGUACUUCACAUGGCACUUACUGGCCAAGUUGUUGGCAAUGCACUGAUAGCUGGUCAGUCAUCUAAAGGUCAUGCGAGCCCAAAACUCUUGGAUGAACCCGAGGUUUUGAUACUGGCACUCGAAUUACGCCACUGGAUAAAGUCUAACUGGCAACUUACACCUGAUCAGAUACAGGAGAUUCAGGAAACAGGCAAGCUAUGUAAUGAAGAAGGAGUGUGCAUUGACUUCAGUGGUGAUUGGGGAAACAACUGCUGUCCAUUUGGCUAGUUUCGAUUCUGGGAUAUUACAAGAGAAAGUGCCUGAGCAACUUCAUUAGAUUACAGUUGCACCCUGAAAAUUGUCUACCACUGAGACAGUUCACAUAUAAUUUUAAAAUAAUAAUUUUCAAGUAAUAA